GAGUUCAGAUGUAAACUUUCUGAACCGGCCGUGGUGCUGAAAACCGCUUUACAACGUAAACGUUUAAUUUAAUCAGAUUCUGUGUCUAGCUAGCUGCCAAAAUUGGGAACGAAAGAAUGUAAGGCAGUUAUGAAUGUACCAGACGAGAGUGCGCUAUUGCCCUAAAUGUAAUGUGGAUACAGUAUUAAGAGGUAAUAGCGUUUUAAUAAGGACAUUAAUAACUGCGUACUGAGAAAAGCAGCCAGGUCGUGCAAAUUCAGGACACCAUGGAACCGGCAAGCCUGGAGAACCUGCGUGUUCUCUACCAUAGUGAGGACUACAUAGUGGUCAACAAACACUGGGACAUCCGCAUAGACAGCAAAAUGUGGUAUGAGACGCAGACGGUGCAGAGGCAGCUGAAACAUCGUUUCCCAGAGCUGGCAGAUCCUGGAACUUACUACGGCUUCAGGUUCUGCCACCAGCUGGAUUUCUCCACCAGCGGCGCGCUGUGUGUGGCGCUGAGUAAAGCGGCGGCUGGGAGAGCUUACCGCUGCUUUCGAGACAGACUCGUGUCUAAGGCUUAUCUCGCACUGGUUCGAGGCACCGUUGCAGAAGAGAAAAUGACACUUGAUUUUGCCAUUGGGAAGAACAGGACUGAGGGCCUCACUCAUAUGAUGUGUGUUGAAGGAACAGAAGGAUGUGACAACCCCAAGCCCAGCCAAACAGUGUUAACUGUCCUGGAAUAUGGAUCAUAUGAUGGAGAUCCAGUCACUAAAGUGCUUCUCCAGCCUCUGACAGGCCGGACCCAUCAGCUGCGGGUGCACUGCAGUUCGGUUGGUCACCCCAUCGUAGGUGACUACACCUACAGCCUGCGCACAGACAGUGGGCCUUAUCGCAUGAUGCUGCACUCCUACCUCCUGCGUAUACCCCUGGAGCACGAACUGAUCCAGGUCACCACCCCUGACCCCUUCCUGCCUAGCUUGGAUCCAAAGUGGACCCCACAGCCCUGUGUGCAGACUCUAGAGAGCUUAGUGGCAGACAUCUUAACGAGGCCGCUCCAAGAGGAGGCUGUGGGUGAGGGGAGGAGGAGCAGUAAAGAGGAGAGGAGGGGUUUCCCGGAGGAGAGGGAGAAGCACAGGGACAGGGAACAGUGUGUGCAGUGGCUCUGUGAGUGGCCUCUGGACUAAGUAGGUGAAGCGCUCCAGUCUGAACCACAGCUACUCUAGCACAACACCUGAGCUUCAGCCUUCACCACCAGGCCAAUGCUCUUGUUCUACUAAUGUCUGAUUAAGCAAGCAGUGACCUGGCCAGGUAUUGAGCUUUGUCCCGUUGUGUCAUCGUGUGCAGCUGGGUGGGCGCAAGGGUAAACGCCAAGUUCACGCACAAAGAGCACUCUACUGCAGCGCGAGGGAGAACAGCUCAGCUGAGUCUGGCAAUUUUUUUCAGUGGUACUGGUGACCAAUCAGAUGCACAGCUGUGGUACAGUAGGACUGAGUGUUACUGGCCUGUAGGAAGGCAGCACUGGAGCUGAGGAGGCAGGAUUACUUUAAGGCUACAGCAACAUGACAUAUGCAAUGUGUACAGCAUAUGGAUGUGGUUCACUGUAUGAUUUGUCUUUGUAGGGUCGUAAAUUAUAACCCUCUCAUUUUACACCAAUACAUUCUUACUCUUUGUGCCAUUACCAAUAGUUCACAUUGGGACCAGUUGCAUAUUAUGUGGUACCCCAUCUGGUUUUGUCUGUUCAAGUCCGGAACUCAGUGUGGUCACUCCAAAGCUGUCUUUACAUCACUGGUUUUACACUGUGUACAAUUCUGCUGAAACUACAUUCACUUUUGUCAUUAAGAUGAGUCUAUAUAGAGAGCUGCACAGUGCGUAUAGGCCACAUUCCUACCCUACCAGAUUAGUUGGAAGAAUGCUCGGACCACCUCACACAGCUCAGUUCAGGUGCAGUUCCUUGGUCUGCUCCCAGGUUUAAAAAAAAAACCCUGUCCUAUUACAGAAAUAUUUGUGUAAAUACUUUUUUAAAGUAAAUAAUUUAAUGACAACCGUCUUCUUAAGAACUCACUUUAAGUGAAACCUUUGGCAUGGAUAGUGUGAAUUUUUGUAUGCAACUUUUGUGUGUUAUCAAAUGUCUUCCGCUAUGACUGGUUAAUUAAACUAUGCAACUGCCGGUGUUUAGUUUUCCCUAGCCAUAGUCAUUUGGAUUGAAUCUGCACUGUUUUUUUUUUUGUGAAUUUCAUACUGCAAGAGUUGCUAGACAUAAUUUUCUCCAUUUCUCAUGUACAUGUUAAAAAAAACACAAUGGCCAAUUUAUUCGGUAAAAAAAAAAAAAAUGUAUUAGCAUCAGAUAUUAUUUGUGACUAUGUAUUUGAACAGAGAAACCAUUUAGUGUUGCAGAAAUUAAACAGCUAAAUAUUACAAUAAAUACAGACCUUCGUAAACAA